UAUGCAUUAUUAAUGUCAUUUUUCAUACUUGUAAAAUAAAUAUUUCUGACACGACGCCUUCAACAUGUUCAAUUAUUUCCCAAUACUUGUGAAUACGAUUUACUGACAUGACGUCUGCAAACAUAUUCUUUUUUCUUAAACGCCCAAGACUGAACAACAUCGCCGCUUUAUCAUCCAUACGUAUACUUGAUCCGACUUUAUUCUACCCAAGUGGUGGCUUUCUGUGACAACAUAGAACUCUUAGUAUAUGAGAGCGAGAGAUAGAAGAGUAUUCGUAAUAAUUAAUUUUCACAAGAUAAUUGGACAAUCGGCGUCGUAAGUGUGAAACGAACUGUCACGUGAUCCAUUGCCCCGCCUUUAUUGACUUAAAGACUACAGCAAAGGUUUCUGUUAAUGGGUUUCAGAACGUGAGAUUUCGUAUUCGACGACGGUCAACUAUCAGCACAGAUCGUGAGUAGGAAUAGCAAUUGACAGAAGGACCAUCUGUUGAAAAAAAUGGUAUCGACCAUCACGUGCCCCAUAACAGUCGCAGUAGUUACGUUUCUGGUGGUACUUUUCAACACAUGCCGAAGCGAAACAAGCUUUUCAGAAGAUGGUGAUAACAAACUGACCACAAACCACCAAGUAGAAGAUAACGACACUUCGGAAAUCCAGGACAAACUCAAACGGGAGUCCUGGGCUAAAUUUGCGUCUUGGGGAAAACGAGGCUUUAAUGGAAAAGGGUUUGUUGCUUGGGGUAAAAGAGACAGUUCAUAUUCUGACAGUGAUUCUCUAGAAGAAUUUCCAGAGAAGAGAGAAGAUUGGUCAAAGCUUGCAACAUGGGGUAAAAGAAGCGAUUCGCUAAGUAGGCAGAAGAGAGAAUGGAAAGGAUUCCCCUCGUGGGGUAAAAGGGAAAACCUUGAUACGAUUAAUGGCCCACUCGACGAUGAACUUAAAGAAGAAGCUGAUAAGCGAAAAUGGAAUCCUAUUGCCACGUGGGGAAAACGAAUGAAAUGACGCUGGAAACAUGGAAGCAGAAAAACGCAGGUGGUCUGAAUUUUCGUCGUGGGGAAAACGCGCUGAUGAUCAGUCUGAUAUGUACGAUGAUAGUCCAGAAAAGCGAAAGUGGGAAAAAUUCUCUUCGUGGGGCAAACGUAGCGAUGACCAAAUGUACAAGCGUAAGUGGUUCCCCUUAAUGUCGUGGGGAAAACGAGGUGAUAUGUCUCAAGAAGACAAAGAGCAAGUGAAGAGAGCAUGGUCCAGGUUUGCCUCGUGGGGGAAGCGAUAUAGCGCACCGCGUUCCUGGGUCAGUCUGGGCGCCUGGGGAAAGCGACGAUGGACCGGCAUGGCUACUUGGGGAAAGCGCUCCGUAAACAAUGAUCGUGACGAUGUAUUUGCCGCUGAUACUGCACAAACACUGCUUCCUCUUUUUGAUUUGAAUGGUGACGAUGCUCUAGACAUAGGCGAAUUGCAAACAUACGUCAGGGCGUUGUUUGAUUUGUCCAAACCGGAACCGGAACCCAAAGACGAUAAUUCCGGGCAUGAGUAAAAAUCCAAAGUGGACAUUCGCGUGCAUUGCUUGAAAGUGUUUUAUUGAACUUAGUGACCAACUCUGCAUACAAAAUUGAUUCACUGUUUUCUGAAACUAUUACGUUACUACACAGUUUUAGAAGUAUCUGAUUAGACUGCCUCGCACAAACAUGGGUGUUACUUCUCUGUUAUAAUCAAUACAUGCGUAUAAGUGGAAUUUCUACAACAUUUUAUGAAUAAAUUCAAAUAUAGACAGAAGAAACCACAUUGACGUUUUGGGUCAAAUUGAUAUACUUUAAUUGAAAUAUAAUUAAGAGGUUUUACCUCAGAACUGUGUCAAUAUGCGAUUCCCUUAACACAUUUAUGCCUAGCGUCUAGAAAAAAGGCCUUGGCAAACAGCGUAUACCCAGAUGAGACGCCGCAUGAUGCGGCGUCUCAUCUGGGUCUGCGCUGUUUGCUAAUGUUUUUCUGUAAGAAAUAUUCUAAAUAUAGAAAUAAAUAUACUAGACAUCCCUAAUUUUGGAAAUAACUUGAUCCAAUUUUGAAGGAUGGAAGAGUCCACUAGGUAUAAAUGGUUUAAAAACGAUUAGUUACGUCAGGCAGAUACAUGUACAUGCUCAACGCAUAUAUGCUUAUAUCACGUACAACUGUCUUCAAACAGUGUAUUCUUACAACAUCAACUGUCAUGUAACUAUGUCAAACAAAUAAAUAACUCGUAUAAUUCAUGUGAAUGUACUAUUGGCAAUGUUUUAAAGAAAGUAGUGCCUUUCGUCUGUCAACAUUUAUACUACUCAUAUUAUUAUUUUCAGACCUUGUUAAAAAUUAUAUAUAUUUUUUAAUUUACCUAACGUACAGGUGAAAAUACACAGUCAUGGAAGUGCUUAUUUUUAAAUAUUUACGUUUAAUCCUUGCUUUCCAAAUGUCGAGAUCAAAUCAGCUCCAAACAUAUGCAGCGUUUCAAAAAGACUGUACAUUUCAGUCAAAUGUCAUUUUAAAAUUAUUGAAAAUUUUAAGAUGUUUUCUACAAAUGAUCGCAGUGAUAGUGAUGAGGUAGAAUUAUGAGUUGUCUCUUAACGUGUCUAACAAAACUACACUACUUUUUCUGAAUUAUAUUUGUUUUAAAGAAAUAUCGAUUAAAAAGUACUAUUUGCAAUAAAGAUGUAAAACAAA